AAGAGGAGCGAGCAGCGCAGCGGCCCGCGGAGCCCCAGUACGCCGGCCUGGCAGGACUGUGGCAGCCCAGAGCGGGGCUCCGUUUGGGCAGGGGGCGAGGGGGCGAGGGAGAGGGUCCCGGGAAAGGCAGCCAGUGUUUCCUAGUUUCACGCCUUUGACUGCGGUUCGCCUCUGCCCCUGGAGCUGGCCAGAGAGCACCGGCCACCCGGCGCUCCUUCGCACCCCUGCGAUGGCAGCCGUUCUCUUGAAGGCCAGACCCAAGGUGCCAGUGUCUUUUGAAGAUGUGUCCGUGUACUUCACCAAGACAGAAUGGAAGCUUCUGGAUGUCCAACAAAGGAUCCUCUACAAGACAGUGAUGCUGGAAAACUAUCAUCAUUUGGUGUCUCUGGGAUUUUUAUCCACCAAGCCUCACCUGGUCUCCUGGCUGGAACAAGGGGAGGGGCCCUGGACAACAGACAUCUGGAGAACACCGGCCACCGCAAAGACGCAGACAGAAGGCGGGAUACAGACUGCGACGUCGGUUUCCGCACAGAAGCGUGAUCCAGAAGAACUCCCGGGUCCCGAUCGUCGGGCUGGUGACUAUCGUCCGGUGGCCUGGCCGCCAGGCGACGCGCCGGAGCAGGGAGUGAGACGGGCUCCCUCUCCGCAGACGGGGUCCAGCAGGCGUGACCCUCCCCGGGAGAAAGGUCCCAGCAGCCCGUCUGGGGCGGCGGGAGAGACGCGGCUGAGGAGCAGCCCCCGCGUCGGGCAGGAGAGGGUUCCCGGGCGGCAGGGAGCGCGCGGCGCCGAGAAGCGCUACGUGUGCCAGCAGUGCGGCCGCGCGUUCAGCCGCAGCUCCAACCUCAUCAAGCACCGGGUCAUCCACAGCGGCGAGAAGCCGUACGCGUGCGGCGAGUGCGGGAAGCUCUUCCGGCGGAGCUUCGCGCUGCUGGAGCACCGGCGCACGCACAGCGGCGAGCGGCCGUACGCGUGCGGGGACUGCGGCAAGGCUUUCACGCGCAGCUCCAACCUCAUCAAGCACCAGGUCAUCCACAGCGGCGAGAAGCCGUACGCGUGCCCCGAGUGCGGGAAGCCCUUCCGGCGCCGCUUCGCGCUGCUGGAGCACCGGCGCACGCACAGCGGCGAGCGGCCGUACGCGUGCGGGGACUGCGGCAAGGCCUUCCGCCGCAGCUCCAACCUCAUCGAGCACCAGCGCACGCACCGCGGCGACAAGCCGUACGCGUGCGGCCAGUGCGCCAAGGCCUUCAAGGGCGUGUCGCAGCUCAUCCACCACCAGCGCAGCCACAGCGGCGACAGGCCUUUCACGUGCCAGCAGUGCGGCAAGGCCUUCCGCGGCUGCUCGGGGCUCAGCCAGCACCAGCGCGCGCACAGCGGAGAGCGGCCCUACGCGUGCCCCGACUGCGGCCGCGCCUUCAGCCGCCGAGCCAACCUCGGCAAGCACCGCGCGCUGCACCGCCGCGACCGGCCCUACGCGUGUCCGCGCUGCGGGCGGCGCCCCCCGGAGCCCCGGGCCGCGCAGGGGGCCGAGCCGCGGCGGCCUCGCGCCGGGAACGGCCGUUGCGCCGAGUGCGGCCAAGCCCUCCGGGCCCCGCGGCGGCCGGGCCGGCCCCAGAAGCCCCGCGGCGGGAGGAGGCCCGCGGGGAGGAGCGACGGCGGGGCGGAGGGCGAGGCGGCCCCGGGCGACGCGGGCUGUGCGGCGGCCCCCCGCGCGGUGUGACACGGCCGGGCUUCGAAACGGGGCGCCGGGUGCUCCUCUCAGCCCGACGACGGUGCCUGCGGGCGCUGCAACGCGUGCUCCCAGGCCCGCGGGCCUCAGGACCCCUGUGGCGGCGGGGGGGGGGGGGCGGGGGCCACCCUGUGACGAGAGCCCCUGUCCCCGCCGCCCG